AAUUCUGCCGGAACCACCAAUUUUGAUGAAAGAUAUGAUAUUGCAUUGAGCGUCAAUACAUUUGGAGUUCGGCACAUACUGAGCUUUGCGAAGAAAUGUCUCAAACUAGAGAUGCUGCUCCACGUGUCAACUGCUUAUGUAUGUGGUGAACGGGCAGGACUUAUACUGGAGGACUCGUCAUGCAUGGAUGACAUGGUAAAGGGGAUAACUAAAUUUGAUUUCAAAGUGCAAGAGAAGAAUCUGGUUGAGGAGAAAUUGAAUCAACUAAAAGCAGAAGAUGCGACAGAAGAAGUUAUUACAACCACAAUGAAGGAUUUUGGCAUUGAAAGGGCGAAAUUGUAUGGAUGGCCAAACACCUACGUAUUUACAAAGGCGAUGGGAGAAAUACUUCUAAAACACUCAAAAGAUAAUUUACACCAUGUCAUCAUACGUCCAACCGUGAUCACCAGUACUUACAAAGAGCCAUUUCCAGGUUGGGUUCAAGGUUUCAGAACCAUUGAUAGCGUAAUUGGUGGUUAUUGCAAAGGGCAAGUGACAUGUCUACCUGGGGACCCUAUGUCAGUACUUGAUAUG